CUUUCCAUGAGCCAUAGGAAGUCAACAUUGAGGGACGUCGCAAAUAAAAUAUUCCGGCCAGCUGUUGGCCUAGCCCGAUGUCCUUCCUGACGAGGGAAAGGGUGGGUUUGGUAGAGGAAUAUAUUACAAGUUAGCAGAUUAGUUGAGCUGGAUGCGUUGGACGAGAUGGGGUGGGAUUUCAGUAUGGGGUGGAUGGAACCAAAGACUCAUUCACAGACUUGUUCGCUUGGGUAACUUUCCAUGAGCAAUAGGAACUCCAUGUUAAUGUAUUUAUGUGUCUAAGGGAACUCUGCUUUCCUUUCUUUGAAACUGUGAACUAUACCCCCAAGAUAGUCGCACCUCUCUAUUUUUGCUUUACACCCACUGCAUGCCCCGUCCAUUUUUCAUUUGAAUUUCUCUUUAAAUGGCUCAAAAAAGCAAGAUUUUGGUGAUCGGAGGGACCGGAUGCAUCGGAAAAUACAUAGUGGAGGCAAGCGCAAAAGCUGGACACCCCACUUUUGCAUUGGUCAGGGAAAGCACAGCUUCUAAACCCGAAAAGUCUCAACUCAUUGAGAGCUUCAAGAGCUCUGGGGUGACACUUGUCUAUGGAGAUAUCUAUCAUCAUGACAGCUUGGUGAAGGCAGUCGAGCAAGUCGAUAUAGUGAUCUCUGCAGUUGGGUCACAACAGAUAGCUGAUCAGGUGAAGGUUAUUGCUGCCAUCAAAGAAGUUGGAAACAUCAAGAGAUUCCUCCCAUCAGAGUUUGGACCGGAUGUGGAUUGUGCCCAUGCAGUUGAGCCAGCUGCAAGCUUUUUUGGGCUCAAGGCUGGCAUCCGGAGAUCAAUUGAGGCUGAAGGAAUUCCAUAUACUUACGUCGUGUCCAAUGUGUUUGCUGGCUACUUUUUGUCUAACCUUGGACAGACAGGUGCCACAGCUCCUCCUAGAGAAAAAGUAGUAAUAAUUGGAGAUGGAAAUCCCAAAGUAAUUUUUGUCAAGGAAGAAGAUAUUGCAACUUAUACCAUAAAAGCAGCGGAUGAUCCCAGAACCUUGAACAAGACCCUCUAUCUGAGACCCCCUGCCAAUAUUUUGUCUUUUAAUGAGAUUGUCCUCCUGUGGGAGAAAAAGAUUGGCAAGACCCUCGAGAAGAUUUAUGUUCUAGAGGAUCAACUUCUUAAGAAAAUACAGGAAUCUCCCGUCUCCUUUAAACUCCAUAUAUCCAUCAUUCACUCCGUGUUUGUGAAGGGAUCAGCUGGAAACUUUGAGAUUGACGAUUUUGUUGGCGUGAAGUCUUCUGAGCUUUAUCCAGAGGUGAAAUACACCACUUCGGAUGAACACCUGGAUCACUUUCUCUAAAACUGGAGCCACUUGAUCGUUUGUGGCAACAUGUUAUGUCUUACCAUCUUCUAUGUCGCAUUUGCUACUUGUCUUUUUUGCCCUUAAUUAGAUUAUUUUGUACCUUGCGCUAGAACAUGUUAAUCUCUUAGCAUUUCAAAUCAAAUUUUCUUUUGCUUUUAUUGA